GAGGAAAGUAUCUGCUCCGCUGAGGGGGGAAAGGAGGAGCAGGAGACAGAUUGUGGGACCGAGCGCGGGCGGGCGGGAGGCGCCGGAGCUGCCAGCGGGUGAGUCCUGUUAACAUUAGCUGGUCCGUGGUCUGACAGGAGUCUCCCCUUCCACUCCGGCCAGUCCCAGCGUCCCGGGCCGGGGUCUCCCCUCCCAGUCUGUGUUGGACGGGGGCGCUGAGGCGGUGGCCGGGCCUGUCUGAGGAAGAGGGUGGGGUAUAGUCUAAGACAACCAAUAAGAGAGCAGGAAGCCACAAUUGGCGGCCAUGAGCGCUAAUGGGAGAUCGCCUUUACCUUGCGGAGUGCCGCCCUCUUCUCUUCUCCCGCCUCCUUCCUUUUGGAGGAAGGCGGGGCCAGAGGACUGAAGUGUGGGGAGAACUUGGGCCCUGCUCUGCUUUAUGAAAUAUGGGAGACGACAGACCGUUUGUGUGCAAUGCCCCGGGCUGUGGACAGAGAUUUACAAACGAGGACCACCUGGCAGUUCAUAAGCACAAGCAUGAGAUGACACUGAAAUUUGGCCCAGCCCGAACUGACUCGGUCAUCAUUGCAGAUCAAACGCCUACUCCGACUAGAUUCCUAAAGAACUGUGAGGAGGUGGGGCUUUUCAAUGAACUAGCUAGUUCCUUUGAACAUGAAUUUAAGAAAGCAACAGAUGAAGAUGAAAAAAAGGGUGCUCCUGGGCCUCUUGACAUGUCUCUGCCUUCUACACCAGACAUCAAAAUCAAAGAAGAGGAGCCAGUGGAGGUAGACUCAUCGCCCCCCGACAGUCCUGCCUCUAGCCCCUGUUCCCCACCAUUGAAGGAGAAGGAAGUUGCCACAAAACCUGUUGUGAUUUCUACCCCUACACCCACCAUCGUACGUCCUGGCUCCCUGCCGCUCCACUUAGGUUAUGAUCCACUUCAUCCGACUCUUCCUUCCCCAACCUCUGUCAUCACACAGGCUCCACCAUCUAACAGGCAAAUGGGAUCUCCUACUGGCUCCCUCCCUCUCGUCAUGCAUCUUGCUAAUGGACAGACCAUGCCUGUGCUGCCAGGGCCUCCAGUACAGAUGCCGUCUGUUAUUUCGCUGGCCAGACCUGUGUCCAUGGUGCCCAACAUUCCUGGUAUACCUGGCCCACCAGUCAACAGUAGUGGCUCCAUUUCUCCAUCUGGCCACCCUAUGCCAUCAGAAGCCAAGAUGAGACUAAAAGCCACUCUGACCCACCAAGUCUCUUCAGUCAAUGGAGGUUGUGGAAUGGUGGUUGGUACUGCCAGCACCAUGGUGACAGCACGUCCAGAGCAGAACCAGAUCCUCAUUCAGCACCCUGACACCCCAUCCCCUGCCCAGCCACAGGUCUCUCCAGCCCAGCCCACCCCUAGCACUGGGGGGCGGCGGCGGCGCACAGUAGAUGAAGAUCCAGAUGAGCGUCGGCAGCGAUUUUUAGAGCGAAACCGAGCUGCAGCCUCCCGAUGCCGCCAAAAGCGGAAGCUGUGGGUGUCCUCCCUGGAAAAGAAGGCAGAAGAACUUACUUCUCAGAACAUUCAGCUGAGUAAUGAAGUCACAUUACUACGAAAUGAAGUGGCUCAGUUGAAGCAGCUUUUGUUAGCUCAUAAAGACUGCCCUGUCACUGCACUACAGAAAAAAACUCAAGGCUACUUAGAGAGUCCCAAGGAAAGCUCAGAGCCAACGGGUUCUCCAGCCCCAGUGAUUCAGCACAGUUCUGCAACAGCCCCCAGCAAUGGCCUUAGUGUUCGAUCUGCAGCUGAAGCUGUGGCCACCUCGGUCCUCACUCAGAUGGCCAGCCAAAGGACAGAACUGAGCAUGCCCAUACAGUCACAUGUGAUCAUGACCCCACAGUCACAGUCUGCGGGCAGAUGAUGCCUCCCAUGAUGGAGAAAUCCCCAGCCAGAGCUCGCCUGCCUGAGCCAAGAGAGAGAUCAACUUACUCCUCCCAUCUGCCUUAGAUGUGGCAGUAUGGGAGAGGAAGAAAUUGUGUGUUGUGAGUAUGGACAGAUGUGGGGCUUUUCUCUUUAGCCACAUGAACAUGUACGCUUGACACCUGUACUAGGGGCUUCUGGCCCCAAAGCCACAUAGAUCAUCCCCCAAGGGUGGGGUUUCUUAUGUACCUACAGCCAAAGGCCUUUCCAUAUGGUCCGAGCAGUCAUCCCCGGCCCUGAUGCAUGUGUGCCUGUCUCUUAACACUAACCCUUGCACUUGUAGGUUUGGGGUUUCUCAGUGCCCUCUCCUCCCAUUGAGCUGUGGCUGUUAUCUUCUUAUUCCUUACUAGCAUGCCACUUCCUGCCAGAUAGAGGGAGACUAGAUUUGAUGGCAUGUUACUUGCUGUCCCAACCCCAACCACCCCAUGCACUCAGGACUUUGUCUCCCAAUAGCUGCUUGUUUAUCUCUCCCCCCUUCCUAAAUUACAGUGAAACAUUCACUUAUUGAGAAUGUAUGAAGUAGCAGUAUUUCCACCUCCUCCAUGUGCUCUAUUCCUUAUUCCUAUCUGCUACCAAAAACAAACACAAACAAACAAGCAAAAAAAGCAAAACUCUGAAAGUUUGAAUCAUUUUUCAUUUCCAAAUCUAUUGGGUGCCUCAUUUUGUCUCUUGACUUUCCUUGGUCGAAUGGUGGGGUUUUUCCUACUUCCCCACUAUGCCUUGGGAACUUCAUCUUGUGGCCUUAUUGUUAGUGGCAGUGAAAAGGGAGAGAGCCUGGGAUCUAACGGGGCUUCCCUGUCUCCUUCCCUACCUUCCCGUUCUAAUCAUCAGGGCAGACAGGAACAGUGUAACUUAAAACUCGUUCCAUCAUGUUACUGAAUUAACUAAUUCUUCUAUGUUUUAUAAUGGCUUACUGCCUAACAUCUGCAUAUUGUCAUCUUUGGUCAUCUGUGGGCUCUUUGUUCCCCUGCCCACAUCACUGCCUUUCCCCACCAUAACUCCUUUAGAUCAGCCUCCUGGAGGUCAUCAGACAGAGCUACUUUCGCUCUGUUCCUCAUUCCUCCCACAGCUCUCAGCCUCCCUUCUUUUCUACGAUAUGGCUGUGUCCACCAGUGUCCAUCACCCUGGUCAUACCCUACCUUCUUUCUCAGCAGGUUCCUGUCCUAGCCACUAGGUGUCUCUAGUCCUAAAAUUUCUUUGAACUCUGUUUUUUUGGGUUUUUUUGUUUUUGUUUUUGUUUUGUUUUUUUGUUCUCUGUCCCUCAAAUGUAGUGCUUGUCUGAGGCAUAGGCUCCAGGGCUCUGAAACAUGUGGUCAAGGUCCUGAGUGGCUUUUAAGUAUAAGAGUGAGUGUAGAGAGAAGAGGAAAAUGUGUACCCUCAACAGAGUGCUCAGGACACGGACUGUCUGCCUGGGAGAUUGGUAAGUGUGGCUAUUGGCUACCAUUAUUUGGUGGGCUCCAGGGAGAGAAAUACACCCCUCCUCUUUCUCAUCUUUCCUUGACUCUGAACUGUGCAGUCUCUUUCAGAGCCAGAGCCCUGUGGAUAGAUAGGUCAGCUUUAAUAGCUUUUGAGUAGAAAACCCUCCCAGUUGUACCAGAGCCACCUUCUGCCAUCUGCUCAAGCCAAGAGUCUUCUUUUCUGUCUCCAUCUUAUAUGUACAGAAUAACUGCUUGCUUCCUUUUUUAUUGUCAUGGAGGAAAGAAAAUGACCUUAUAUGAUUAUUUCCUCAGAGUUAAGAUUAGUGAGCCCAUCCUGUAACAUGUUCUGCUGCAUUGUAUCUAAGUUUUCCCCCCUCCUCUUUAGAGUCAGUGCUGAACAAGCCACACCCAGUGGGGAAAAAGAAAAAAAAAAAAACAAAAACAAAAACA